AUGAACAGGGUUUCCCGAUACCUGGAGGACCGCGACAUUUACCCCCACAAUAUGAUCGGCUUCAGGCCGGGCCUCUCGAUGCAAGACGCCGUGAAGCUCAUCAAAGACCAAGUCAUCGAUCGCAACAAAAGAGACGUAAGAGCAAUACUGGGACUGGACUUGGAGAGGGCAUUUGACAACAUUCUCCACCACUUCGUGCUGAGUCAGAUCUCGUGUAUCGGGCUUGGCAAGUGCUUCCACGACUACACGAAAUCAUUCCUGACAGACAGAGAAGCUAUUCUCAAAAUGGGCGACCUAGUUUCGGACCCGGUCAGGCUUGGCUUCAGAGGGACGCCACAAGGCCUCGUUAGGAUCUACUUCACAUUCGAAUAG